GUAAAGGGAUCGUCAAUUGGAAUGAAAGGGAAAAGGAGACCAAUCCAUCGACGAAUUACAUAACCGAAGUCAGUCUCGAAUCUCGAUCUCUCAUACGAUUGUUCGGGUUGCUUGGUGUUUGAUCCUGGGAAUUUUCUCCUCCAAAUCUAUUCCAAGAUAAACUUUUAAACCGGUGGCUGUGUGAGGAAACAAAGAUGUGGGCAGCUUCUUGCCUUGCGUCGUGCUGUGCAGCUUGCGCAUGUGAUGCAUGCCGUACGGUUGUUUCCAGUAUUAGCCGAAGGUCUGCAAGGAUUGCAUACUGUGGCCUCUUUGCUCUCUCUUUGAUUGUUUCUUGGAUUCUCAGAGAGGUCGCUGCUCCCCUUCUGGAGAAGAUCCCUUGGAUUAAUACUUUCCAUGAAACACCUAGCCGAGAUUGGUUUCAAACUGAUGCAGUCUUGCGAGUUAGCUUGGGAAAUUUUCUCUUCUUCACCAUUCUAUCUGUAAUGAUGGUUGGUGUAAAAAGUCAAAGAGAUCCCCGGGAUAAUAUUCACCAUGGUGGAUGGAUGGUGAAGGUGAUUUGUUGGUUCCUUCUGGUGGUACUAAUGUUUUUCGUUCCCAAUGAGAUUAUUACCUUUUAUGAGUCUAUAUCAAAGUUUGGCUCAGGAUUGUUUCUUCUCGUUCAAGUUGUUCUUUUGCUGGAUUUCGUUCAUAGAUGGAAUGACACCUGGGUUGGAUAUGACGAGCAGUUUUGGUACAUUGCAUUAUUUGUUGUUUCACUUUUCUGUUAUGUGGCAACGUUUGUCUCGUCUGGACUUCUCUUCCAUUGGUUCACACCGGCAGGGCAUGAUUGUGGGCUCAACACCUUCUUUAUUGUGAUGACCCUAAUUUUUGCAUUUAUUUUCACAGUUGUUGCACUGCACCCAGCAGUUGGUGGCAGUGUUUUACCUGCAUCGGUCAUAUCGCUAUACUGCAUGUAUCUCUGUUAUAGUGGACUUGCUAGUGAACCAAGAGACUAUGAAUGCAAUGGUCUCCACAAACAUUCCAAAGCUGUUUCCACAGGCACUCUUUCCUUGGGUCUUCUCACGACUGUUCUAUCAGUAGUCUAUUCUGCUGUUCGUGCUGGUUCUUCUACAACCUUGCUUUCCCCACCAAGUUCACCCCGUGCAGGAAAGCCAUUGCUUCCACUGGAGAAAGCAGAUGAACACGAGGAAAAAGAAAAGUCAAAGCCAGUUACAUAUUCAUAUUCAUUUUUCCACAUCAUCUUCUCUCUUGCUAGUAUGUACUCAGCAAUGCUCCUGACUGGGUGGACCACCUCUGUUGGCGGGAGCGGCAGAUUGGUUGAUGUCGGCUGGGCUUCCGUGUGGGUUCGUGUUGUGACUGGUUGGGCCACUGCAGCAUUGUUCAUCUGGUCUUUGAUUGCCCCUGUUCUGUUCCCAGACCGGGACUUCUGAGUGCUUAUUCAUUGAACUGUGGAAAAUAUUUGGUGAUGUUAAUGUGUCCGAACUCUUAAGUAGAUAUUAUAUCAAUCACUUAUCAUGUGCUUAGGAAAUUUCCAAUCUGUAUAUGUAGAGCCUGAAGGAUGGCUGGCUAUAUAAGCCUGGACUUUAACUUGUUUGGAAGAUAUUGUCUUGAUUGCAUAUGAUGAAUGAAGAAAGUUGUAAUAUAGAACUCCAAAAAGUGAUUGAUCGUAGACGCGAAAGGGCCUUUAAAUAACAUGUUUUUAACAAACUUGAUUUUAUAAGUUUAAA